CACACGUGUUUCUCGACACAUUUUCUGUAAGCGUCGUUGCGGCUUAAAGUUUUGCCAAUCUUCUCUCCGAAAAAACCUUUUAAAUUAGAACUUACCCGCCAAAAUGCCUGACAUCGAAGAAGUUCAGCAAAUGGAAGAGGACAAUGAAACGGAGACCUUCGCUUUCCAAGCGGAGAUCGCACAGCUGAUGAGUUUGAUCAUCAAUACGUUCUACUCGAACAAAGAAAUUUUUCUUCGAGAAAUCAUCUCCAACGCUUCUGAUGCCCUCGACAAGAUUCGAUACAAAAGUUUAACUGAACCAUCGAGUUUGGAGAGCUGUAAGGAGUUGAAGAUCGAGAUUGUUCCGAAUAAAGAUGACAACACCCUGACAAUUCACGAUACUGGAAUCGGUAUGACCAAGGCAGAUCUCGUCAACAACUUGGGAACCAUCGCUAAGAGUGGAACGAAAGCUUUCAUGGAGGCUCUGCAGGCUGGUGCUGACAUUUCCAUGAUUGGUCAGUUUGGUGUUGGUUUCUAUUCUGCCUAUCUGGUCGCAGAUAAGGUAGAAGUGUACACCAAACACAAUGAUGAUGAACAAUACAUCUGGGAAUCUUCUGCCGGUGGUUCCUUCACUGUGCGCCGUGUGUCAGAGGAAGUGAUACCCCGUGGAACCAAAGUGAUUCUUCAUCUCAAGGAUGACCAGAUGGAGUACUUGGAAGAGAAGCGCAUUAAGGAGAUUGUGAAGAAGCACAGUCAGUUUAUUGGAUAUCCCAUUUCUCUGCAGGUGCAAAAAGAGCGCGAGAAGGAGGUCAGUGAUGAUGAAGAUGAGGAGGAUGAUGAAAAGAAAGAGAGUGAAGAUGGUGAAAAGAAGGAAGAUGAGGAAGAUGAUAAGCCCAAGGUAGAAGACUUGGAUGAAGAAGAAGAAGAGAAAAAAGGGGAAAAGAAGAAGAAGAAGAUCAAGGAGAAGUACACUGAGCUUGAGGAACUCAACAAGACCAAGCCAUUGUGGAUGAGGAACACUGAUGAAAUUACACCAGAGGAAUACGCAGAGUUCUACAAAAGUUUGACAAAUGACUGGGAAGAGCAUAUGGCGGUCAAGCAUUUUUCAGUUGAGGGACAAUUGGAAUUCAGGGCCCUUCUGUUUCUUCCGAGGCGGGCACCUUUCGAUUUAUUUGAGAACAGGAAAAAGCGCAACAACAUCAAGCUUUACGUGCGUCGUGUAUUUAUUAUGGACAAUUGUGAGGAUCUUAUCCCAGAGUAUUUGAACUUCAUUAAGGGUGUCGUGGAUUCUGAAGAUUUGCCACUUAACAUUUCUCGUGAGAUGCUGCAGCAGAACAAGAUCUUGAAGGUGAUCAGGAAAAACAUCGUCAAGAAGUGUUUGGAGCUGUUUGCUGAAGUGACGGAAGACAAGGACAACUACAAGAAAUUCUACGAGCAGUUUGGCAAGAACAUUAAGCUUGGCAUCCAUGAAGACAGCGUUAACCGUUCCAAACUUGCAGACCUUCUUAGGUAUCACUCUUCUGCUGCUGGAGAUGAGAUGACAUCGCUCAAGGAUUACGUCACAAGAAUGAAGGACAAUCAGAAAGACAUCUACUACAUAACUGGUGAGAGCAAGGAUCAAGUUGCCCACUCGGCUUUUGUGGAGAGGGUCAAGAGCCGUGGAUUCGAGGUGUUGUACAUGACAGAACCAAUUGAUGAGUACGCCGUGCAGCAGCUGAAGGAAUACGAUGGAAAGAAACUAGUCAGUGUCACCAAGGAAGGCCUUGAGUUACCAGAGGAUGAGGAUGACAAGAAGAAAUGGGAAGAGAAGAAAGCCAAAUUUGAGCCUCUUUGCAAGACUGUGAAGGAGAUCUUGGACAAAAAAGUGGAGAAAGUGGUAGUGUCUGCACGUCUGGUGUCAUCUCCCUGCUGUAUUGUGACAAGUCAGUUCGGCUGGACUGCCAACAUGGAGAGAAUCAUGAAGGCUCAGGCUUUGCGUGAUAACAGCACUCUAGGAUACAUGGCAGCCAAGAAACACUUGGAGUUGAAUCCCGACCACUCCAUUGUUGAGACCCUCAGGCAGAAGGUGGAGACAGACAAAAAUGACAAGUCUGUGAAAGAUCUUGUCAUGCUGCUGUAUGAGACCUCUCUUCUGUCCUCUGGCUUCACGCUGGAUGACCCUCAGGUUCAUGCUGGCCGCAUUUACAGGAUGAUUAGUUUGGGUCUUGGAAUUGAUGAAGAAAUGGAUGCGGGUGAAGAAGUGGCAGCUGAGGGAACUGGUGAAGAUAUGCCCCCUCUUGAGGGAGAGGAUGGUGAUGAUCCUUCAAAGAUGGAAGAAGUUGAUUGAUCUCUUCUGUUCUGGAAAUUCUUGACAAGAGUUGCUAUCUGUCUUUCAAAAGUUACAUUGUUAUCAUAGCAGAAAUAUUGCUGUUUAAACAAGAGUGAAAUGAUUUCUUACAAGAUUACUGGUCAGGUUUUAGAAUGAAGGCUUCAUCUAAUUUGUUGGCCAUUAGAUAAUUUAAAAUUUGCAUGAGAGUUUGGGUGCAAAAUAUUAUCCACUUUGACAUUGUAGAAGUUUGCUAAGAUAAUAAUUUUGUUCAUUAGUUUUGUUUGUACUGUUUCAUUGUGAGUUUGUUUUGUUUUGUGGUUAAUAGUCGUUCAGUAUUAUAACCUGCUUAACAAGGCUGUUGAGAUUUCAAAAACAACGGAGCACUCCAGUUAGAUUUUCAGACAUGAGAUAGCUGACUCUGGAAGUUAAGAUCUAGUUAAAGAGAGGACAGGUUCUGAUUACUUGGUCACUGUUAGCCAUGUCUGCUGAGUGAUAGAGAUAACGCAUUUAAACAGUAUCUGGUUGUUCAUUAUUAACUGUUUGCUUAGUCAGUGAAAUGAUCUUCAUUAGACCUUGCGGAAAACAGGCAGUUGGCACCACUGCUGCAGUUUACUUUGCCUGCUAAAGUUUUACCUACCUAACAUUGUAACUUUAGAGUGGGAUAUGCAUAAUAAAAAGCAAGUUCAUUCAAACUAA